AUGUGUGGUCCGGGGGACGAUAGAGUCGCCCUCAACAAAAACCCAUUUCCAGGUCUUACCAAACCAUUCUCAGUAAUCAUGAGGAUCAAUGACCAGGAAAUAGUGCGAACAAUUACUUGUCCUAAAAGAAUGGUGUUUGACGUUCACUCUGAAAUAUGCAGAAAAAAGGMAAGUUUCACCUCCAUUCCCGUCAUCUCAAAGUCUGGAGUGAGAAAGGACCGCGUUGUAAUGUGGGUGAAAUCCGCAACAAAGUUGCGUCCCAAGUCGUUACCGUUURCUAAAAAGGCUUUCRUCGACCAUUUAACGAAUGCACUAAUGAUAAACUCUUCUGCAWUAACAUCUUUAAAGUUUUCUUACAUGGAUCAUUUUCUCCUUAUGGUGGAGUUCAAUCUGGAUCAUUAUUUCUUCAGUGAUUCAACACAGAAUAACAUUUCAACAAAAAUUGCUAACCUUCCAUAUUCGCCUGCGAGUAAUAUCAAUAUUGGUUCUUUUAAUGGUACCAUUGUCAAGGUUACUGUUAAACCGCUGACGUGUGUCGCCGCGGACAUCUAUUCACCCUUGCAAUACCAACUAAUUCCUGGUACCUCUUCAGUGGUGRUCAAUUYUACUGGUGAAGUUCUGGACAAAAKUGACUACUUCUCCAACAAMACYAUCAUGKUACAAGGUCGUCCACAGCCUGUUGGCAAYAUCRURGUCUGUAGACAGUUAUUAUCGGGUAAUUGUUCUGGUWCCUACAUCUUCCUGGACAGACACGAGUACGUCAUGUUUCCUAAUCGAUCGUUAUGGUACAAUGCAGCUGGUCGUCUGUACAAGUAUGAGGAGUAUACAGUAAUGAAUGGUUCCAUCAUGAUUUGUACURACUUGAUUCAAACUUACGURAAACAGACCAAGAAAGAAGACCYAGUGRAUGAAACAGUUUUGAUUGUCUUGACUUAUGUCGGGUUUUCAAUAUCAAUUGUGUCUUURGUGUUUGUUCUGGUCACUUAUUCGUUGUUUCCAAAACUGAGAACAAUUCCUGGAAUUAACUUAAUGAACCUAUCUUGUGGUCUUCUUGUGGCGCAUUUGGUUUGGCUGACAGGAUCUGGACUGACAACCAAUGGAACAGUUUGYACAGCCAUCGCUAUCAUACUUCAUUACAGUUUUCUUGUYUCAUUUGCGUGGAUGUCAAUCAUCGCCUUUGACACUUGGAGRGCGUUUUCUUCUCGGACAUACUGGCCAAGAACAAAAGACAAAAAACACAAACAUAAUGUCAUCCGYUUGACCAUUGGAUGGUUUCCAUUGGUUCUUUUUGUGUCAGGUUGYRUUGCUCUUGACCRAUCAGAUGUGGUUACCAUYGGAUACGGAGGUAACGAAAGCUGCUGGAUCACCAACUCGCGGGCUAAUCUAUGCRUUUUUGCAAUUCCUGUUGCAAUCUCUUUGGUCUGGAACGCGGUGUUUUUCAUUCAAGUUAUUYRUGAAUAYGUUAAAAUACGAAAGAAAUCCAAGCUGCUUUUAAGCCAGCACAAGGCACGUAGAGACACGGCUAUCUUUKCAAGAAUAGCAGCACURAUGGGCUUCACCUGGGUGUUUGGGUUCAUAGCACCUGUGACCACGCCCUACUUGAUGUACCCCUUCGUGAUCCURAAYACCCUUCAGGGUCUGUACAUUGCUGUGGCUUUCGGGUUUACGCGAAGAGUCAAAUUACUGUACAGAAAACGUCUUUGUAAAAAUGUUAUCUUUAUCACGUGACGUAAUCACGUGACUCCAGAAGAUCACGUGAUUCGAGGAAAAUGAGGUUCAGCUUCUUGUGGCCACAAUCUCUGCUAUGUGUGCCAUGAUGCAGUCCAUCAUAUCGAGGGCAUACAGACCAGACUGCAGGACCUGACAAAAAGAAUAUUAAUAGCCAAACGAACGAGUGCACGAAAGAAGAAUAAAAACUGUUUUAUUAUCUUAGCAUAACUGAAUAUAGCAAAGUGAAGACAGAAGUGAAGACAGUGA